UGUGUCAAUUGAUGUAGUAGAAACUCAAUUUCACAUUUGCUCGUAGUAAUUCAAUCUUGAAUUUAAAUCUUAAGAAAUGUACGAGGAGGAAGAUAUGCCGUACAUACGUGAAUUUCUACUGAGUCGGCAAUUGUGCCGUUUCCUAUAUAUUGGCACAGAAAAGCCCGUAUACAAAUCAGGAAAUUGGUUCGAUUAUAAUUAUAACUUGACACAAAACAUUUUCUCUAUCGACGAAUAUGCUACGUAUUAUAACGAAUUCAAGGAUAUUGUUUCAUUGAUUAUUCAGGAACACGACAGGAAGCUUAUACAAAAUCCUGAAACAUUGAUUUUUGUAUUAGCAAUGUGCGCUCAACAGCAUGAAAAGGAAAAUUUGCGUAGAAAAGCAUAUGAUGCUGUAUGCAAAGUUUGCAAAUCACCAGAACACUUUAUUUUAUUUAAUAAAUUCUGUUCUCUAAUUAAUAAGCACAAAGAUUGUCCAAAAAAGGGUGGGAAUGGUCAUGGGUGGAGAAAUGCAGUUAAAAAGUGGUAUUAUUCCAAAACGCCGAUGGAACUUGCUAAGAUUGCUACGGAAUUCAAAAGUAGAUAUGGAUGGAAGCAUAAAGAUAUUAUAAAACUGGCGCAUAUUCGUACAACUGGAAGUGAUAGAGAAAUAGUAUUCAAAUAUAUGUUAUUUGGCUUUAAGAAAUUAAAAGAAACAUUACCCGAUCCAAAUACACAAAGUGAAACGGCUGAGGAAAUAAUGAAAUUUUUCGAGUCGGUGGAGGAUUUGAAACAUUGCAAAGAUAGAAUUAGGUCGGCCGCAUUAAUCGAUUCUCUUAAUCUCACACUGGAUCAUGUACCUGAGCACAUGCUAAAAUUUGAAGAAGUUUGGAAUUUAUUAGUAUCUUCCAUGAGUUUAAGCAUGAUUUUAAAAAAUCUUCAACGAAUUCAUAAUCUCGGCUUUUUGAAAUCAAAUGGAGCUAUGACAUUAAAAGUUUUAGAUUCUCUAAAUCCACAGAAUGUCACGAAAGAAAAAAUUCAUCCUGCUGUAUUUCUAAUUACAGUAAAGAAUUACCUGAAUGCUGGAAAAUCAUUGUCAUAUGAAAAACGAAAGAUUAAAGAACAGGCAAAAAAACCACUACCAUCGCCUCCUAAAGCCAAUAAAGAAAUUGUAGAUGCACUAUAUGACAUGUUGAAUUUUUCAUUUUCACAUUUGCAAGCUACUAAUCAUAGAUAUUUCAUUGCUAUCGACACGAGUCGAAGAAUGAUUGAAAAUGGGUGUUGGAGAAAUGGUAAUGUAAAUGCAUUUGAGGCUGGCUGCUUGAUUGCUUAUUCGCUCAUUCGGACGGAAAAAAAUGUCACUAUAGCGACCUUUAAAAAUAGUGUAGUUGAGAGUGUUAUUAUUAAUGCCGAUGACCACGACGAUUUAACAUUUUUACAAUUCAUGAAGAAAUUACAAUCCAAAACUUUGGAGAAUAUUGACGUGGCAAAACUUAUAACGGAGGCUUUUAAAAAACACAAUCAUUAUGACGUUUUCAUCAAUCUCAUUGAUAAAAUUGAUGACCUACCAGAAUAUUCGGAAGACGAUAUCGAUAUGUACAAAAAAAAAUUAAAACUGCCAAUUUCCAACUUCAUCAGAUUUGUCAAUUGUGCCUUGAGUGAUUCGUCAACAUUUCGCCGGAAAUUUUUUGGUGAAAAUAUUGUUUACAUAUGUGGAUUUGAUGAAAAGGUACCUUACAUCAUAGAAGCUUUCGCUCGAUGAGUGAAAAAUAGUGAACCCACUUACACGGCAGAUCGUUAGUGUUAAGAUUUGACAUUAGAUUGUUAGAGCAUAUCGUUAAUAAUCUAUGGUACGUUUCGGGCUAAAGUAGGA